AUGAAACCAGAAACUUUAGUUAUGAAAAUAAUAGAAGCUAUGGAAACGAAUUCGCCGACUCUAAUAACUUACAACGGUAAAAAAGUGCAUAUAACCCAAAAGAUUAUCGAUAAAUACAAACAUUGCAAAGUCAGAGACGAUAUGGAAAGAAUUGAUGAGAAUUUAACUAAAAAAGGUGGAUUUUUACCUUUCUUACCUUUAAUCUUUGCUGGUUUAGCUGCAGCCGGUGCAACUGCUGGUGGAGCUGCUGGGAUAGCCAAAGCUGUCAACGAUAAGAAAGCUGAAGCCGCUGCAAACGCUGAAGCACGUAGACUCAAUUUGGCAAUGGAAAGAGAAGCACAAGGAGGUUUGGGAGUAGGAGAUAUAUUAGGGACGGUUAAAGAAUUCGGACAAACCAAGAAACCCGUUAAAGAGGGAUUAAGCAAAUUAAUAGAUAAAAUCGACACCGGAGAAAUGAAGGUCAAACACAAGGGCGACGCCAUAUUUUUUAAAAACAUACGUUCGGGCGAGGGAAUCUUCCUUUCAAAGUAUAAAGGCAACGGGGUGAUUUUUGAUUUCGAUUCUCUGUAUAUCUACACAACAACACCAGAGCAAUCGUAUUAUCAAUUCCUCAAAGCUUUGGAAUAUUUACCAAAGAAAGAUGUUCAAGACAUAUUUCAAUAUUACGAAGAAAACGAAGAAGAAGUGGAAAUAAAAGAUAUCAUAGAAAACUUCAUUAAAUCAAAGAAUCCAUCUUUCAAUCCAACGGAUAUAAAAGUUUUUCUUACGAAAAAUGUUAAUGAUCUAGACUUGUCUAAUAUUGAUAGCAAUCGAAAGAACUUAAUAUUGUUUGACGACUGCGUAGCGCAAAGAAAUCAAACUGUUCAACAAGAAUUCUUCACCAAAGGAAGACAUCACAACUGUCACUGCAUAUACCAAUCCCAAUCUUUUUACGGGAUGGAUUCUAUGUUCAUUAGAAAAAAUGCAAAUUGUUUUUUAUUAUUUGAAUUAAACGAUAAAGAUUUAUCUCAAAUCAUUCAGUCUAUAAAUCAAGGAAUGGAUAGAGAUACAUUUAAAAAGGUUUGUAAAGCUCAAUGGAGAAACCCAGAUGAUCAUGGAUAUGUAUUUGUAAAUACUAGAAAACCUGCGGGAGAAAGUUAG